UCAGGAUUUUGAAAAAGGAAAAUUUCCAAAUUCCGAAACUAUUCUCAGAGCCGUUUGGGUUUUUUUUUUUAAUAUAAUUUUUUUGAAUUCUCGUCGAUUCGUCUCAACAGAUCUCUCUCUCUCAUGUCGGAGGAGAAGAAGGUAAUCAUUGAUCUCUGUAGCUCGGAGGAGGAGGAAGAUGAUGGUUUCGUUGAUGAGAAUAACUACGAGCACGCUGACGUAACGGAUGAAGAAGACGAAGAUACGAAUUCAAGUGGAGAUGAAGAUGAUAGCGAUUGGAGCCACGAUGAUGCUAUGGACUCAGAUGUUGACUACGAUGAAGCUGACGAGACUGUUGGCGACAAACUCGAUCAUCAUGAUGAUGAUGAUGACAAAGUCACUCGCCUCCUCGCAGCCGGAAGCGAUUUGAAAUCCUUAAAUGUGAAAGAGUGCAAAGCAUAUCUGAGAAAGCAUGGUCUAAGAUUGUCUGGCACCAAACCUGUUUGUAUUGACAGAAUUGUUGAGCAUUGGAGGAUAAAAGAUGGAAGUGGGGAAGCUUUGUAUCCGAGAUCAUCUUUUGCUAUCAACUGUAAAGGUGAUGUCUGCAAAGGAGAUACUGUUUUGUUUACACAGAAGGUUCAUCAGAAGUAUGAAAAGAUGAAAAGGAGUGGAAAGAUUAUGGGGAGAAGAACUGUCGCUGGCCAGGUUGUUAAAGAAAGCUAUGGUACUGCUAAACAGCAACACACUUUCACUAUUGAAGUGCUUUGGUGCGAGGGAACACAGAAAUUGCCUCCUCUGUAUCCGUUACUAGUGAAAGGACGUAAUCUUUAUAGGUUAAUGACCUUGAGGCAGCGAUGGGCUAAUGAAGCAGACAGAGCCAAAGUUCUUUCUGAAAAGCAUAGCCGCGGUGCCGCAGCAAGAAAGAUUAUGAGAGAAAGGAAAAUAAAGUCAGGCUAUGUACUAAAAGAUGGAAGACUUCGAAAGCCUGGUCAUGUGAAGAAGCCAUGUCAAGUUAACACAAGAAAAAACGAGAAAGAUGAGAAUCCAACCCAGAGGUUUGGACCAGACGUUCGGGCUAAUCAUUCACUUGUUGCUUUUCCAAACCAAAAUCCUUCAAAGGGCCAUAAGAAUCCAGCACAGUUGAGAAAUAUGAAUCCCCCUAAUUCCUACACUUCCCAUUCAUACGCUCCUCGGCCACAUCCGCCUCUUACAUAUGCUCCUCGACCAAAUCCGCCUCUUACAUAUGCUCCUCGUUCAUUCGCUCUUAUCAAUGUGCCCCAUUCACAUCUUCCUCGUCCAAACGUUCCUCCUUACCACUCCUACACUCAUUCAACACAACAAAACCAAACAAACCAAAGACCGCCACCAGCUUUCUACAACCGAAGACCUGCCUCUAAUGCCUUGCAGGGACAAGCAUCAUUUAACCCACAUGCUAUGCCGGUUACACAUCAGAGGCCAUACCAGAACCAUCAUACCAACCAUGGCAGCUUAAACAGUGGUUACAACCUCGGCGUGAGGGAGUUGGAUCACUUUUCGAAUAUGAUGAUAAGCCAGAGAACAGAGGGAGACAGAUACAGGCAGAGUGAGGUAACUCGCGGACCAUACAAGAACCAUCAUACCUACCGUUCCAACUCCAAUACUGGCUACAACCAUGGGGGUAGGGACUUAAGAGAAGGAGACAAUCACAGACCAAAUUAUCGAUAACACACCGUAACUUGCCAUUGGAAAGCGUCCUGAUCAUGGGCUCUGUGAUUCGUAAGUAAGUUUUCCAAGGCUCAUGAUUCUCUUGAUCAUCUGUUUCUCUAUUGUAACUGUGAGUUUGAUUCUUGCCUUCAAUCAUCUUGAGGGUCCAAGUCCGUCCUCAAAAAUUAUUACUCUAUAUGUCAAGGAUGGUUUGUUGGCUAUUCUUUAUUUCUUUAUUACUCCAAACCCGCACAAGAAGAGAAACGAAAUAUUCUACCAAAUUUUGUAACAAUUAAUAGUAAGAAAACGUACGUAGUAGAUAUAUGAAAAAGCAAAGGACUGAAGAAGAAUCAU